AUGCAGGUGGAAAUGGAUCCUCAGCUGAAGACAACUAAGGAAAAAAAUUCACUAACAAAAGGGCUUAAAGAAAAAAAGGGUAUUUUACGCAGUCUUUCAUUUCAGUUCAGUAAUUCAUUGAAAAAAACUUCAAGAAAAGUUACUGAUAAAACAGCAAAAGGGUCACCACCUGCAAUAACGAAAACUGCUAUGCCAGUUGAACAAAUUCCUGGUGUACAAAAAUAUGGUAUUUUAUUGAAACAAAAUAAGAGGAGAAAUAGAUCUGCUAGAUGGAAUAAACGAUUCUUUGUGCUAAAAGAAUGCUUUCUUCUUUACUACAAAAUUUCUUACAAAAGAGUGUUCGAAAAAACCAAAACUGUUGAUUUACAUCCAAGGGGUAUAAUUCCGUUGAUCGGAUGUUCAAUAGUUGCUGGUCAAGACCAUGGUCAUAAGAACUGUUUACUCAUCACUCAUUCACAGUUUAAAUCUGCAGUAAUCGUUUGCGCACCAGAUGCAAAAUCGCAAGAAAUUUCAUACAAAAAUGCAAUAACUUGGGAAAAAAUUAUAAAAGACUUGGAAAAUCGUGGUAUAAUGCUGAACGAAGAAAAGAAAUGUUGCGAAGAAAAGUUGAUUGCUGAAACUCAGGCUAGAGAAGCCGAACACAGUCGUUAUCUGAGUUUGGAAAAGGUAAAAGCAGAUUUGGAACGAGAACGUGAACGACUAAUGAGGCAAACAAAGAAAUUGAAAGACGAUCUUCAAAGUGUUAAAAAUGAAUUGAAAAUAACUCAUGAAACUAUGCAAACUUUGGAGCAGGAAAAAAUUGCUUUGAAUGCUAAAACAGAACAUCUCGCAAGCAAUAUGGAGUCAUUGAAUCUGGAAAAAUCAAAAAUUGAAGAGCAAAUGUCUUCAAUACUUCGCGAACGUGAACAAUUCCUGAUCGAAAAUCAGAAUCUCUCAACUACAACUUGCCAGCUACGAAAUCGGCUAAUGGAAAUUGAGACAAAAACAAAAUGUAUUACAUCUGAAAAAGAACGUGUAGAAGCAAUGUUACGUCUUAAUGAAAAAAAAACUCUUGAUCUCGAAAAAGAACGCGAAUAUUACAACAGCCAAACUAUGGAGCUUUUAAACUCGUUAAAGGAGCUAAGCGAACAACGCGAUAUGACCGAGGCUGAACUGAAGGAUGAGGUAAUGGCGCGAAUUGGUGCUGAAAAGCAGUUACAAGCUGCUGAAAAGGCUCUUGAGCAUUUAGAGGCGGCCUUGAAACUUACUGGAGCACAAAUGAGCGAAUUGCAAGAACAUAUUAUGCCUGAUGUUAGGAAGCUGAAAGAAUUCUUCGAACACAUUGCUGAAGAAGCCCAGUUAGAUGCUAAUAAACAGCUAAUAAUGAGGAACGCAGCUGUGGCAAGGCGAUCGAUCCGCAGAAGCAAAACCCGGAUUAGAAGCUCUAUUCGUCGACGUACGAUUUCAUCACCGCAUGAAGAAAAAAAAACUGAGACUCAGACGUUAAUACACUUGUAG